AUGGCUUCGAAGGUCACAGCAUCAACCGCUCUAUUUCUCUCCUUCAACCUUCUCUUCUUGGUCUUUUCCGUUAGCUGUCACAAUGUUGAUGACCCAUCGAAUAACGAUGGUACAAUCAACCCUCAUGAUUCAUCAAAUGGAGUCGGAGAAAUUUUAGACGGUUUAUUAAAUGGGGAUUCAUCAAAUGGAAAGGGAUUGAUAAACUUCGAUGAUUUAUCAAAUGGAAGUGGAGAUAAUUCCAAUGAUAAUUCAAAGGAUUCUGCAACAAGUUCCGAAAAUCCUGUUGUUAACCUUGCAGCAGCAGCCAUGGCUCUUGGUGCCCUCAACCAGCAGGGCAAGUCCACUUGUAAUCCCCUGAACCUGGGUGUCUGUGCUAAUUUACUGGAUGGUUUGGUGAAGGUGGACCUUGGUAACGUACCAACCAAACCAUGCUGCACCCUCAUUCGAGGCUUGGCUGAUCUUGAAGCUGCUGUUUGUCUUUGCACUGCCAUCAAAGCGAAUGUCCUAGGCAUAAUUAAACUCGAUCUUCCAAUUUCAUUGAGCGUCUUACUCAAUAACUGUGGAAGAGAGGCUGGAGUAUCGACUGCCCUCGUUGUCUCCCUCAACCUCCUUUUCUUUGCUUUGGUCAGCUCCCGCAAUGUGAACUAUCAACCUGCAGAGUCCAAUGGUUCACCAAACUCCGAUGAUUCGUCACCAGGAGUUGGAGAAAUUUUACGUGAUGUAUUAAAUGGGGAUUCAUCAAACGGGAAGGGAUUAUCAAACUUCAACGAUUUAUCAAAUGGAAGUGGAGAUAACUCCAAUGAUAAUUCAAAAGAUUCCACGACAAAUUCCGGAAAACCGGUCGAUAUCCUUCCAGCAGCAGCCAUGAUCCUUGGUGCCCUCAACCAGCAGGGCAAGUCCACUUGCAACCCCCUGAAACUAGGUGUCUGUGCUAAUCUGCUGAAUGGUUUGGUGAAAGUUGAGCUUGGUGACGUACCAACCCAACCAUGCUGCACGCUCAUUGAAGGCUUGGCUGAUCUCGAAGCUGCUGUUUGCCUUUGCACUGCCAUCAAAGCCAAAGUCCUGGGCAUUGACCUCAACCUUCCAAUAUCAUUGAGCGUCCUACUCAAUAACUGUGGAAGGCCGGUCUCCUCUGACUUCCAGUGCACCCCAUAAUUUUUAUUUUUCUUUUUCAAGUACUCAAAUAAUGUUUGAUUGAUCUUCCUUCCUUUUUCUUUCAUCCAUCUUUGAUUUG